AUGUCUGAGACUCCAGCACCUGAGAGUGUAGCUACACCUCCUGUAGCGUCGGAACAGACUCAGAACAACCCACCUGCAACUACAAACGGAGAUGCUACCAACGCAACAAAGAAGAUUUCUCCAGCGGAAUUGAAGAAGCAAAAGCAAGCCGAGAAGCAAGCGCGGAGAGCACAAGCCAAAGGUCCGGGAGGUGCAGAAGAUCAGCAGCAAGCAUCAACUAAAGAUGGGCAAAAGCAACAGAAAGACUCGAAGCAAGCACCGAAAGACGACAAGUCAAGACCGAUGCCAGCUCGGAGAAAGCCGUCGCAAUCGAACGUACCAGCAACGAAGGAGGCUAAAAAGGAGCCCAGUAAAGAACCCAAAAAGGUCGGACUUUUCUUUGGGCAUCUGUACAGUCAACCAAAACAGCAGUCUAUGAAGGGAGCCUCAAAGGAUGUGCAUCCAGCGGUCUCCGCCUUGGGUCUCCAGUACAGCAGCUAUGCAAUUUGCGGUAGUACAGCUCGAAUGGUAGCCAUGCUUCUGGCGUUCAAGGCGGUUAUAGCAUCGUAUCAGACACCACCGGGAACAAGUCUUGCUCGACAUCUCACCAAUCAUCACCUCAGUCCUCAAAUUGAGUAUUUGAAAAGCUGUAGGCCGCUUAGCAUUAGCAUGGGAAAUGCCAUUCGGUGGUUGAAGGAUAUAAUCAUCAAAAUUGAUCCAUCAACACCUGAAAAUGAAGCGAAGCGAGACCUCCUGGAGGAGAUCGAUAUCUUCAUUCGCGAACGGGUCACAGCUGCUGAUAAACUCAUCUGCGAGCUGGCUACAAAGAAGAUCGAGCCUGGCGACGUGGUUCUAACUUAUGCCGCAUCAUCAAUAGUCGAACAGGCUAUUCUCCACGCACACAAAGCCGGCAUCAACUUCUCUGUCAUCGUCGUUGACUCGAAGCCGCUGUUCGAAGGCAAGACUUUAGCCCGAAAGCUUGCGAACCAAGGCAUCAGCGUACAGUACUAUCUCAUCACGGGAGCCUCACAUGCCGUCAAAGAUGCAACAAAAGUAUUCCUGGGAGCACAUGCGAUGAUGUCGAAUGGUCGUCUCUACUCGCGUGUUGGUACAGCAGUAGUCUCUAUGCUAGCAAGCGCACACUCACUUCCCGUCAUUGUACUAUGCCAGUCCGUCAAGUUCACCGAAAAAGUCGCCUUAGAUUCUAUAGUUGGCAACGAAGUCGCUCCAGCCGAGGAAAUACUUUCUGAGGCCGAACGGCAAGAACUACUUCCACUCAAAUCCCUACUCCCCUCCAAUUCAGCGAAAAACGACGACAAGACCGCUCCCGAAGAGGCCAAACCCGACACCACAGACGUCCUGAAAUGGAUUGACGACUCGAAGAAUCUAAACUUCCUACAGGUCUUGUACGACGUCACGCCUGCGCAUUACAUCAACAUGGUCAUUACGGAAUACGGAAGCUUGCCGCCUAGCUCAGUCCCCGUUGUUCAUCGGUUGAGUACGAAUACCUAA